UCGCGUCCGGCCGAGGGACACGCCGGGAGCAGCGCUCCGCAGGGAGAGCAGGGGCACCUGCUUUAUCACGAGGAAACCAUCGACCUCGGCGGAGACGAGUUCGGGUCUGAAGAGAAUGAGACUAUGUCGGAAGAGUCUAAUAAUUUUGUAGAUAAGCUUAACGAGCACAUGAUGGAAAGCGUCCUCAUUUCUGACUCUCCUAAUAAUAGCGAAGAUGACGCAGGUGACCUCGGCUGUUUGCAGGAUGUUGGGGACCCUGCAGAAGGCAGCGCAGGUCCCAGACUGGAAAGUCUCGAGGAUGAAGGAGCCGUGGACACCCUGAGCAAGGACAGCGGAAGUGACGGAGAGGGUGCAUCUGAAGACAUCUCUGGCACGACCCCCGACCCAGAGCACAGUCAAGUCACAGGUGUGCCGGCCUUGGGGGGGCAGGGAGCAGAGGACCCUGGCCCAGGGGACAGGAGCACUGGCCCGGAGGGGCCGGGGGGCGCUGCACCCUUGAGGCAGUCCCCUCCCCACGAGGAGCCCAUCCCCGUGUGCACCAUCUUCAGCCAGCGGCCGCUGCUGCCGCGGGACGGCUUCGAGUCCCAGAUGGUGAAGUCUCCGAGCUUCAGCGGCGCCAGCGAGACGGCGGCCAAGACCCCCGCCCAGGCGGUGCAGCCAAGCCCCAGCCUGAGUAAAUUUUUUGGCGACCCCGCGAGCACUAACUCCCUGGCCUCGGACUUCUUCGACUCGUUCACGACGUCCACUUUCCUCUCCGUCAGUAACCCCAGCGCAGGUUCUUCGGCGCCAGAAAAUCUGUCUUCGCUGUCCGCUGCGGGGGCAGAGAGGUCCCCGGGUGCCGCUGAGCCUUCUCACCCCCCAGGGAUGGAAAAGGCAGAAGCAGGGGUCUCCACAGCUUCUCUAGAAAUCUCUCCGUCUCCAAAGCCGUUUUCCCAGAUCCAGGCUGUGUUUGCGGGGAGCGAGGACCCCUUUGCCACGGCGCUGAGCAUGAGCGAGAUGGACCGCAGGAGUGACGCCUGGCUCCCCGGGGAGGCGACCAGGGACAUCCUGGCUUCAGUAGCCACCCAGCAGUACAGCACAGUGUUCGUAGACAAGGAGAGCCUCACCAUGCCGGGCCUCAAGUUUGACAACAUCCAGGGGGACGCAGUUAAAGACCUGAUGGUUCGCUUCCUGGGCGAGAGAGCCGCGGCGAAGAGACUGGUCUUACACGCGGAGUCCGUGGAGCAGACUUUUGUGGGGUUGAGACAGCUGAUCAGCGGCAAGAACUGGAGAGCAGCGGUUGACCUGUGCGGGCGCCUUCUCACCGCCCACGGCCAAGGCUACGGCAAGAGUGGCCUGCCCACCAGCCACACGGCAGACUCCUUGCAGCUUUGGUUUGUGAGGCUGGCACUGCUGGUGAAGCUGGGCCUUUUCCAGAAUGCCGAGAUGGAGUUUGAGGCCUUUGGAAAUCUAGACCAGCCUGAUCUCUAUUACGAGUACUACCCUCACGUAUACCCGGGGCGAAGGGGCUCCAUGGUCCCCUUCUCCAUGCGGAUCCUGCACGCGGAGCUUCAGCAGUACCUGGGGAAUCCGCAGGAGGCCCUGGACAGACUCCACAGAGUGAAGGCCGUCUGCAGCAAGAUCCUAACAAAUCUGGAGCGAGGCUUAGCUGAAGACGGGACCAUGAGCAGCAUCACACCGGAGAACAGGCAAGCCUCCAUUCAGCUGUGGGGGUCCCGCCUGGGCCGGGUGAUGUGCUCCGUGGCCAACUGCCUGCUGCUGACGAAGGAUUACGUGCUGGCCGUGGACGCGUACCACGCGGCUAUCCGGCACUGCCCGGAGCAGGAGCCGCAGCUGCUCAGCGGCAUCGGCCGGAUCUUCUUGCAGAUUGGAGACAUAAAAACAGCCGAGAAGUAUUUUCAAGACGUGGAGAAAGUCACCCAGAAACUGGAUGGACUGCAAGGCAAGACAAUGGUCUUAAUGAACAGAGCGUUCCUGCACCUUGGCCAGAAUAACUUCGCCGAAGCCCACAGAUUCUUCACAGAAAUCCUCAGGAUCGACCCAACAAAUGCCGUGGCCAACAACAACGCCGCUGUGUGCCUGCUCUACCUGGGCAAACUCAAGGACUCCCUCCGGCAGCUAGAGGCCAUGGUCCAGCAGGACCCCAAGCACUACCUGCACGAGAGCGUCCUCUUCAACCUGACCACCAUGUACGAGCUGGAGUCCUCCCGCAGCAUGCAGAAGAAGCAGGCACUGCUCGAGGCGGUCGCCAGCAAGGAGGGCGACAGCUUCAACACACAGUGCCUCAAGCUGGCCUAGGGCCCUCACCCUCUGGAGCCCCAGGGCCUCCGCGAGCGGCGUGUGCGGGAGCUCCUA